CUACUACCAAACGGCUCUCGCCCUCCAUUGGCUUGACAGAUUAAAAGAGCUUCAUAGUAUCGCCCAGAAUGGCCAGCGGUUUGCGAAUCUUGGUACCCGUCAAGCGGGUGAUCGACUACGCGAUCAAGCCCCGUAUCAACAAGGCCCAGACCGGCGUCGAAACCGCCGGCGUCAAGCACUCGCUCAACCCAUUCGACGAACUCUCGAUCGAGGAGGCUGUCCGUCUCCGUGAGCGCAAGGGUCCCCUUAAAGUCGAGAACAUUCUCGCUCUCUCCGCGGGCGGAGCCAAAUGCGCUGACACCCUCCGCACGGCGAUGGCCAUGGGCGCCGACCGCGCGUUCCACGUCGACGUCCCCGAGUCCAACGAUGGGGGCCUGGAGCCUCUUACCAUCGCGAAGAUGCUGAAGGAGGUUGUGAACAAGGAGAACAUCAACCUAGUGCUGCUCGGGAAGCAGGCUAUCGAUGGUGACCAGGGUCAGACCGGUCAGAUGCUCGCGGGCCUGUUGGGCUGGCCUCAGGCGACACAGGCCAGCAAGGUGGAUAUCAAGGACGACCAAGGAACAGUGGAAGUUACUCAUGAAGUUGAUGGCGGUGUUGAGACUCUGCGGGCUAAGUUGCCUCUUAUCAUUACUACCGAUUUGCGACUCAACGAGCCGAGGUAUGCUACUCUGCCGAACAUCAUGAAGGCCAAGAAGAAGCCGCUGGAGAAGAAGACGCUGGCAGACUUUGGUGUGGAGGAUAAGAAGCGGUUGAAGACGCUGAAGGUCACUGAACCCCCAGCUCGCCAGGGUGGCGGUAAGGUUGAGGACGUCGAUGGAUUGAUCGGAAAGCUGAAGGAGCUGGGUGCUCUGUGAAUCGUAUAGUCGGUUAGUGUAUGUUUAUGAUUACUUAGACUUCGUCUACCUAUAAGCCAGUAGACCUCGAUAUUUCGCCAAGUUUGAUUUCUUAGUAAAAUUAUAAUUUUUUUCCUGACGUGUCGGAAUCCGCUACUGCAUCGAUCAGAC